AAUUAGUUACAGUGGACCUCCAUUUUUUUGUCGUGUUGGGGAACCUCAACAAAACAAAAAAGCACGAGCCUCUGAAUCAGGAGGGGAAUGAGAUACCCUAGACUCGGCUGUCACAUGAGUUAUUCAGGCUCAAUACGGUACACAGCCAUCACAAGCUUCUCAUCGUCUUGGCAGGGUCCAAAUACGUGCUCCUCACUCGCUCCACGUGGUGAUGUUGCCUCGUAAGGUAGUAAGGCGAACAACUGCCAGACCAGACUGGCGGUGCAUGACAUGACAAGGAAUCACUGGUCUUGGGGAUUACGACGGCAAAAAAUGACCACUAUUUCCGAUUGCGGUAAUAAGUGGAAUGAUCGCCAAGAUUACGCUGCAGGCAGAGGCCCGAUACCGCGGUCUCCCUUGUUGCGCUGACACUAGUUAUAGAAGGCGGUGACAGAAUCUUACGGCAGAAUUGGUCUAAUUUUAUUCCCUUAUUCAGCGUUGAGUGCCGAAGAAGGGUGGUCAAGUGAUUCACGAGCAGGUGAUGGAGCAGGCUUAAGCUUAAGUUUAUCAUCAGAUAUAGUAAUCGCGAGAUCCCACAGUUGGCCGAGUUAUUGAGACCUCAGAAAACAGGCUGAGUCAGUUCAAAUGAACCGCGGCUUGGAUCGGCGAAAUUGACCUCUGAUUGGAAGUGAAGCCACUGAAUCACAAGGCAAGGAUUUCCACUACCGCCCACUGCGUCAUAUCACCAUAAUCAACAGCGACAAGGGUUGAGCGUGGAUCCUGCUGACCUAAUAUCCUCUGCUCACCCCUUUUCCCCUUUCAGUCACCUCGACUUUUUCACGAUAUCGAUAAAAUUCCAAGCUUCGCACUACGCUCCCAGCUACUUUUCACUUCAUUGCAUAAAAAAGUACAACAUACGAUUACAUCAUGCGUCAACCCAUAGCGACACAACCAGUCACCAAUGGUGACGGAGAGGAAUGGUAUCUUCCCGACAAGAUGCUCGCACGUGCGUGAACCCAUGCUGUAAAAUAGCUGCGUACUAACAACGGACCUUCAGGACACCCCAGCAAGCCUCACAUUGGCAGCUUGGAGGAGUACCAACAGAUGCAUCAGCUCUCCAUCAAGGAGCCCGAAGCUUUCUGGGGAAACCUGGCUCGGGAGCUUCUUACAUGGGAUCAUGACUUUCACACCGUCAAGAGCGGCUCGCUAGUCGAGGGUAACCCUUCUUGGUUUCUUGGCGGAAAGCUGAAUGCUUCGUUUAACUGCGUUGACCGCCAUGCGCUCAAGGAUCCUAACAAGGUUGCUAUCAUCCACGAGACUGACGAUGGGAACGGCGGUCGCUCCAUCACAUAUGGCGAGCUGCUUAAGCAAGUCAGCAAGGUCUCCUGGGCUCUCAAGGACCUUGGCGUUCGAAAGGGCGACACAGUCGCUAUCUACAUGCCCAUGAUUCCCGAAGCUCUGGUCGCCAUCCUUGCUUGCACCCGUAUCGGCGCUGUUCACUCUGUUGUUUUCGCUGGUUUCUCAGCUGGUUCGCUGCGAGAUCGCGUCGUCAACGCCAAGAGCAAGGUCGUCAUCACUGCUGAUGAGAGUCAGCGAGGCGGCCGAACAAUCGGAAUCAAGAAGAUUGUUGAUGAGGCGCUCAGCCCACUCGAGGGCGUUCAGACUCUUGUUUUCAAGAGAACCGGUGCCAAGGUCGCGUGGACUGAGGGACGGGAUCAUUGGUGGCAUGAACAGGUUGCCAAGUGGCCUAGCUACAUCCCUCCCGAGGCCAUGGACGCCGAGGAUCCUCUGUUUUUGCUGUAUACCUCUGGAUCGACAGGCAAGCCAAAGGGUAUCUUGCAUACCACUGGUGGUUUCCUGGUUGGAGCAGCUGCAACGGGAAAGUAUGUGUUUGACAUUCACGAGAACGAUCGAUACUUCUGCGCUGGCGACGUUGGUUGGAUCACUGGCCACACCUACGUGGUCUACGCUCCGCUCCUUUUGGGUGUCUCUACAGUUGUCUUUGAGGGAACACCGACAUUCCCUGAUGCUUCUCGUUUCUGGGAUAUCAUUGCGAACCAUCAGAUCACGCACUUCUACGUGGCCCCUACUGCUCUUCGCUUGUUGAAGAGAGCUGGAUCUGACCCUGUCAACCAUGACACCAGCAGUCUGCGUGUUCUCGGUUCAGUUGGUGAGCCUAUCGCUCCUGAGAUUUGGAAGUGGUACUACGAUGUCAUUGGAAAGGGUGAAUGCCAUAUCGUUGAUACAUACUGGCAAACUGAGACUGGCUCUCACGCCGUCACCCCUCUCGCUGGCGUUACACCCACCAAGCCUGGAUCCGCUUGCCUGCCAUUCUUCGGUAUCGACACAGUCUUGAUCGAUCCUGUUUCUGGCGCUGAGAUCCACGGCAACGGGGUCGAAGGCGUUCUUGCUUUCAAGACAUCAUGGCCUAGCAUGGCCCGAACUGUCUAUGGUGACCACCAGAGAUUCGAGGAGACAUAUCUCAAGGUUUAUCCCGGAUACUACUUCACCGGUGAUGGAGCUGCUCGUGACCAAGACGGAUUCUACUGGAUCCGCGGCCGUGUCGACGACGUGAUCAACGUCAGCGGUCACCGCCUCUCGACAGCCGAAAUCGAAGCUGCAAUGGUCGAGCACGCCGCCGUCGCUGAAUCCGCCGUUGUAGGAGUUUCCGACGAAGUAACAGGCCAAUCUGUCAUCGCCUUUGUCUGCCUCAAGGAAGCUUUCAGAACAUCUGAGGAAGAAGUCCACGCCGAGCUUAGACUGCAGGUCCGCAACAGCAUCGGCCCUUUUGCUGCUCCUAAGAAGAUCUUUAUGGUGGUUGAUCUGCCCAAGACGCGGUCUGGAAAGAUCAUGCGUCGUGUUUUGCGAAAGGUGGUUAUGGGUGAGCAGGAUCAGCUGGGUGAUAUUACUACGCUUUCGGAUCCCUCUGUUGUUGAGAAGAUUAUUGGUGUUGUGCACAAGAGCGGUUAAUGGGAUAGAGAUAAAAUAAAGGAAAGGAUCGCGGUUAGAUGUUUCUUGGACGGGUCAUGAUUAGAGUAUUGCUCUCAACCCACUGUCUUUAUAACUUGUAAUAAUCCAAAUAUAAGAUGACGCCAUAUAUUCUGGGCCACGUUUGUCAAAAUUUGCACUCUUAAUCUCAAGGUUGCGUCUACAGUUUGC